UUUAGUUUUCCUUUCAAGAGCCCAUAGAAGGUUUUGGGUGCCUUCUCAAUGCAGGCAUGAGAAAAUAUUAAGCAGAUGGACGGCGAACUUUGGUAUAUUCACUCCUUAUGAGAGAAUGUUAUGUGGAAAAGUGGAAAAACAUAAGCUGUCUAUGCUAUGUUUACAGUUGGUCUGCUGUAUUUUGUGGACAAAAAUGGGGGAGAAAAAUAAAAGCUGUGUUAGGAUGAUGGGUAUACGGCUGAAUUUUCCAGGCAUUUCUAUAAUAGCACCAAACCCUAUGUUUUAAUGCCACUGUGAAAAAAGAAGACCGGAACCCUAGCAACUCUUUUCGACGUUUCCUGGUCGGCGGUAAAAGCUCGGUUUCCGGCCCUCCCGGAAGUUGCUGCAAGUCGUUUCCGGGGAGCGGGACUCCAGAUGGGUCGCAGUCGGAGCCGCUCUCCACGGAGGGAACGUAGGCGGUCCCGGUCCACAUCCCGGGAGAGAGAACGCAGGCGCCGGGAAAGGUCCAGGUCUCGGGAGAGAGAUCGGAGAAGGAGCCGCUCGCGAUCCCCUCACCGAAGACGCUCCCGAUCUCCAAGACGACAUAGAUCCACAUCUCCUUCCCCUUCUCGACUGAAAGAAAGAAGAGAUGAGGAAAAGAAAGAAACAAAAGAAACAAAGAGCAAAGAACGGCAGAUUACUGAGGAAGACUUAGAGGGCAAAACAGAGGAAGAAAUAGAAAUGAUGAAGUUAAUGGGGUUUGCCUCCUUUGACUCCACAAAAGGUAAGAAGGUGGAUGGCUCUGUAAAUGCCUAUGCCAUAAAUGUCUCUCAGAAGAGGAAGUACAGGCAGUACAUGAAUCGGAAAGGUGGAUUCAACAGACCUUUGGAUUUCAUUGCAUGAGAAUUGAAAUGUUGAAGAAUGAUUUUUUUCCCCCUCAUCUUGGUCAGAGAGUGGAUUUUGUAUUUUGUAUUUAACUUGCAUUCAAAAAACAGGAUCUCAGUUCUUCCUUCUUGUAAAGUAAGAAAAUCUUAUUUAUGAUGUAUGUAGUUCACUUACCUUGCCUCAACAAAAGAAGGUUAAAUAUUACAUUUUUUUCUUUUAGGAAAUAUCAUUUGUGGCAAACGUCAACCCCAUUUUAUUUGUCCUUAUUCCUGUGGAAGCAGUAUAUGUUUUCUUCUUGAAUGCUCAUUAGGACUUCUUUAAAAACAUGAAAGUAAUUUGGAAGUAAGUUUAUCCAAUAAAGCAGUAUUUCUACCCUUUUAAAUGUGAUAGUUUUAUUACUAAAGAAUCUCCCUAGACAUUUUGUUUUUUUACACAUAAAGUAUCUUGAUUCUUAGUAGUUUAAAAAUGGGAAGAAUGAAAAAGCAUAAUAGAUUUUUCUAUCUUCUGUGGUUCCCUCUCCCAAAAAUACCAUUUAUUGUUCUCCCCGCAAGUACAAAAGCAAUACAUGCAAAAAAAAGAUCUGAGCGAAACCAAAAAGUAGAAGUCAAAAAUCACCCAUUAUCUACUCCCAGAAAUAAUCAGUUUUAACAUUUCAGUAUAUGUCUUUCCAGGCUUCUUUGGGUGCAUAUUUCUCACCCCUACCUAUGAGAUCAGAAUAUGUAUGCAGUUCUUUCUUUAACCCUUUUUUCUCCCAUGUACUGUGGACAUUUAAAAAAUACUUUUAAAUAUUCUUUGGAAACUUAGCUUUUAGUAGCUACUUGAUUGUAUCAUAAUUUAUUAACUAAUGUUUUACUGGUAAAUAUUGGCUUGCCUCCCAUGACUUGCCAUUAUAAUUAAAACUGUGACUAUAUUUCCAUUA